AUGCAAACAAAAGAAGUACCGCACUUGCAAAUAUCCACAGAGCACUCGUAUAUACAUAUAAUAAGUGCUAUAAUUAACGUAAAAAUAGAUAUAUUAAAUGAUGAUACAAUCUUAACAGAUGAAGGCAAGAAAAUAAAAGGACCUGCCAGGUGCAUCUCGCACUUACUCAGAAAUACAGACGUAGAUGAACAGACACUCACUAGCAUCUCAAAUGUAAUUUCAUUAAGACCACAGCAGAUGCUGGCUUAUGUAGCAGCAGGACCAGCAGAAAGAAUAGAUAAUUUAUUGGCAGUUGCAAAGAUAAGAAAGUGGUUAUUUGAAGGACAAAUUACAAAUAAAGUAUCUGACCAUUUAAUUAACAAAUUAAUAGAGAUACAUGACAGGUACCAAGAUAUAUAUGUAAAAUAUACUAAUGAACUGUAUAUACAUAAGGACUUAGUCAGGCCCAUUGCAGAAUUCUACAAGAUAGUCAUUCUAUCAGGGAGGAUAGACUCUAUUAUGGACCAUCCUGAGGCAGACACACUUUUCAUUGAAAAUGUAGACUUUAAGAAUGAGAAAAGGACUGUAGUCAGUGGGUUGAAGGGUAAAUUUGAGAAGAGUAAAUUAUUAGGGGCCUGCUGCUUGUUUGCCGUUAAUUUAAAGUCAGUUUCCUUCAAGGGCACAAAAUCCUUUGGGAUGAUAUUAUUUGGGAAGGGAGAAGGAAGUGGGUCUGUCAUAUUCACAGGCAGCAAUGGGAGUAGACUAGGUCUAUUAAAGUAUCCUUUGUGCAAGUUGGUGCCAUUUGAUAUUUCAGUUGGAGAUGCAUCCAAGAGGUCUCUAGAGGUAUUCUUCCAGGGUCUGAAUAUACGGGGGAGUCAGUUGCUGUAUAAUGGCCUGGAGACAGAAAUAGAUGGGGAGACAGUGACUGUCCAGGAUGUGGAGAAUGGGAUUGUCUCAUAG